UAUUCAGUGAUGCAUCAGAAGUAUUUAAAAUGAAUUAAUCGAAUGCAUUUCAGACCACAUAAUUGAUUUUGUUCGUACAGAAUUUGUAAUGUCUGAUUAUGUGUGUUCUUGUAAAUGAUUCGUUAAAUAAUACACAGGUGCCUCCAUGUUCCGUAAUAGUGAUGUUCGUUAAGGUCACUCAUGAUGAACCCAUCCUCCCAUCGACACUUCUCCGCUCCAGGUCCACCAAGAUAGCUGGGAGGUGGAGAUCCAUCAUGAACUGCUCCUAACCUGCAGAUGGUAUUCCCACUGCCCAGAUCAAUGCUGACGAUAAUAAGGAACGUCUUCAUCGUCACGUUGUUCAUCCGGUAUUCAUGUGAACCAAGGAACAAAAACUUUAGGUGGACGAUAAUGGAGUUGAAAUGAGCGAGUUCAAGCACUCAACAUCGCUGCGAUCACGACCUCUGAAUGACAAAGGUCUAUCUGACGUAGUUUGCUUCGGCAAGCCGCCCCAGAGCGACACGCCCCGCCCUCCAAAGGCGGCGGCCGGUUCUCGCUCGCGAGGCAACGAACGAAACAAGCUGCGCUCGGCAGCGCCAGUGCGCGCGCUCAUUUCCAAAAAGAGGCCAUUUGAUCCCUCUGAGCUGUGA